AUGCCGCCCUCAACUCCCUGCAAGAUUUGCCACCAACCUGUCUGCAAAACCGGCUACAUCGGCCUCCAGUACAAUUUCACUCACACUCGCGAACCCGCCACCGGCUACAGACGCUGGUUCGCCGAUGAAUUCUCUAGACUCGCCACUAGAAGCGACCUCGAGAUCCGGCAGUACGCCAUCACAUCCCCAGCCUCAAGCCCCAAUUCGUUUUACGUGUUCAUCGAUGCUGACAGCGUUCCCGGAAGAGGCGACGACAUGGCGCGAUCUGUUAUGCUGAUCCAAGCGGAUGAGCGCGGCGUUCACUAUGUGAGAGCGGUUUGUUUCUAUCAUACCUGCCAGGGUGCUUUGGAUGAUAUUCUAUGGUAUAAGAGGCGGCUGAGAAAUGGUAAGUUGUUUGCCCUGUCAAUGGAGAUUGGAUGGGGUCGGCCUGGGUCGUUCCUGAGGCAGCUUCGGGGUGUUACUGGGACUGGGACUGUGAAACAGGUUGCUGCGACUGGGAGGGAGGUGUCCAGAUAUGGAUAUCGUAGCGUAGCUCAGAAGGACGGUGGAUAUAGAGAGUAG